GUCUGUUCCCUUCUAGCCUCAUCUCGGCCUUUCAGCUUGCCUGGACUGUGCCCCUGGGCUAAGUUGGCAACAUGAGCAACAACUUGGAUGCGAAAGACGACUUUGAUGAGCAGUUGCGAAUGCAGAAAUUGUACGGAGACACUGAGGACGGAGACACCCAGACAGAUCCCGGUAUGGAAACCAAUUCUUUUGGGCAGCAGCCAGAUGACACCCCCUACGAGUGGGACCUGGACAAGAAGGCUUGGUUUCCCAAGAUCACUGAAGAUUUCAUUGCUACAUACCAGGCCAAUUAUGGCUUUUCUAAUGAUGGUGCAUCUAGCUCUACUGCAAAUGUACAAGAUGUUAGUGCUAGGCCUGCAGAGGAACCUCCGCAAAGAAAAACCCCUGAACCCACUGAUCCCAAAAAGAGGGGAGAAAAGAGAAAGGCUGAAUCAGGAUGGUUUCAUGUUGAAGAAGACAGAAAUACAAAUGUAUAUGUGUCUGGUUUGCCUCCAGACAUUACAUUGGAUGAAUUUAUACAGCUCAUGUCCAAGUUUGGCAUUAUUAUGAGAGAUCCUCAAACAGAAGAGUUUAAGGUCAAGCUCUACAAAGACAAUCAAGGAAAUCUUAAAGGAGAUGGACUUUGCUGUUAUUUGAAGAGGGAAUCUGUGGAUCUUGCAUUAAAACUUUUGGAUGAAGAUGAAAUUAGAGGCUACAAAUUACAUGUUGAGGUGGCAAAGUUUCAACUGAAGGGGGAAUAUGAUGCCUCAAAGAAGAAAAAGAAGUGCAAGGACUACAAGAAAAAGCUGUCUCUGCAACAAAAGCAGUUGGAUUGGAGACCUGAGAGAAGAGAUGGGUCAUCCCGAAUGCGCCACGAACGAGUUGUCAUCAUCAAAAAUAUGUUUCAUCCUAUGGAUUUUGAGGAUGAUCCGUUGGUGCUGAAUGAGAUCAGGGAAGAUCUUCGAGUAGAGUGUUCAAAGUUUGGACAAAUUAGGAAACUCCUUCUGUUUGAUAGACACCCAGAUGGUGUGGCCUCUGUGUCCUUCAGAGAUCCAGAGGAAGCUGAUUAUUGUAUUCAAACCCUGGAUGGACGGUGGUUUGGUGGCCGUCAAAUCACUGCCCAAGCGUGGGAUGGAACUACAGAUUAUCAGGUGGAGGAGACCACAAGAGAAAGGGAGGAAAGACUGAAAGGAUGGGAGGCUUUCCUCGAUUCUCCUGAGGCCAAUAGAGGUUUCCGGCGUUCAAAUUCCAUCUGUGCUUCGGAAGGAGCAGGGCCUUCUAGAGUAAGGCAUUUUUCAGAACAUCCUAGCACAUCUAAAGUGAAUGCUGAAGAAGGUGAAACUCAAAUGGAAUUUGAAGAGCCUAUAGAUGAAAAGAAGUUUGAAAAAACAGAAGAUGGAGAAUUUGAAGAAGAUGCUAAAGAAAUUGGCCUCAAAAAAGAGGCUGAAGAAUGCUACCCCAAGAAAGGAUAUGAAGAAGACUGCCUUGAAAGAAAGUCUGAGGAAAGCUGUUCCAAAAAAGGGUUUGAAGAGGGUUGUCCUAAAAAGGAAUCUAAAGUGAAUGGCCCCAGAAGAGAAUCCAAAAAGAAGCGGCUCAAAAGUGAUUUUGAAGAGAAUGGCCUCAAAAAGGAGUCUGAAGAAGACGAGUCGGAAAGAGAAUCUGGAGAAGACUACUCUGAAAAGCUGUUUGAAGAUGGCUCUGAGAAAGAAUUUGAAGAAAAUGUCCUCAAAAAAGAGUUUGAUGAGAAUGGCUCUGACGGGUUUAGUGGAAAUCUUCUCGAAAAAGAGUCAGAAGAAAAUGACUCUGAAAGAUCACAAUUUGAUGAUGACAGCUCUGAAAAAGUUAUUGAUGAGGAGGGCUCUGAGAGAGAGUUUGAUGAAGAAUCAGAUGAAAAGGAAGAAGAUACAUAUGAAAAUGUUUUUGAUGAUGAGUCUGAUGAAAAAGAGGACGAAGAAGAUGCAGAUGAGAAGGGGCUUGAAGAUGCUGAUGAAAAGGACGACGAAGAUGCAGAUGAGAAGAUGUUUGAAUAUUCAGACGAAAAAGAAGAUGAAGUAGAUGCAAAGGAGGAUGAGGAAGGUACAGAUGAAAACAUGCUCGAAGAUGAGGAUUCCAACGAGAAGUUCUUUGAUGAGGAUUCCAACGAGAAUUCUGAUGAUUCUGAUGAGAAAGGGACUGUGGGUGGUGUGGGGAAUGUUCGGGAAGAAGGGGCCGUGUCCACAUGCAGCAGCUUUAUCCUCAGUAGUGAUGAUGAUGAUGAUGAUGAUGAUGAUGAUGAUGAUGAUAUUUGAUCCCUUAAACUUGCUUUUGAGGGAAAUUCCUCCAUCUACAUUUUGCCUGUGCUCCAGGGUAAUUACUAAUAGUGUUAAUGAACAUUGCUUAGUGAUAGGAUGCCAUCAGAUUAAUACAUUGACUUUUUCAUUGUUACCUGUAAUUAAUGAUCUUAAAUAUAUGUUAACUGGCUGUUCAGUUAAAACUUCAUAGUAUAACACAAGUAAACUGGAUACUUGUCCUUUGUCAGAUUUGUUAAAUGCAUGCAGAAUAUUUUUUAAAAUAUUCUGAUUGAAGUUUGUGAUAUUUAAAAAUAAAAAUAAGUUGUUAAUAUGCAGAAACUGAAAAUUGGAGUUGAGUUAAAUUGCAUUUUAAAUUCUUGCUAUUAAUGCUUUAUACUUUAGUUUUUUUAAGGAUUUGAGAAAUCCCAUAGGAGUCUCCUUGCUUCCAGCUUAUAUUACCACUUAGGUCCCUAUUUCUCCUCUCUAAACCAGAACAUGUUACUAAACUUAAAAGAUAAACAGCACUUUGGCGUUUCCCCUGCCCAGUUCUUGCAAGUUACUUUUGUUUUCCUUUUUACCCUCUUUCCAUGAAAAUUGACUCUUAGAUGUACAGGAAUGAACUUCCUGAGGUCCAUCCACAGCUUUCUAUACUGCAGAUAUAGGGAAGAAGAUUAGAAUUCUAGUUUGUACUGUUGAUUGGAGUUAUGGGACCCCUCCCCCAGAAAAGUGCACACACUACACAACUUUUUGUAUACAGUUUUGGGAGGUUCAUUGAUCCCCUGGAGUUUAACAGUGUCUGUUGUCAUUCCUACUUCAGUUUUGUGUGUGUGUGUGUGUUUGUUGUUCUAGUAUGGUGCCUAGUACUGUGCUAAAUUGUGUAGUCCCAAUAAAAUGUUGGGUCUUUCUUGCUUAUGCUUUCCAAGUUAAGUAUUGAUGAAUUGACUUCUGAUGUAGCUUUAAGAGGUUUUUCUCAUAAAUUAGAAGUGUUGAAAUAAACUGCAUUGAUGUUUUUUCAUUA